CAUCCUCCCCGGGAGUGCUUAUGAUCUGUACACUACGUAGUGCACUAGUGUAGGAAGCAUGGUGCACUUCUGGAUUGAACCCACGUGACCUUGGAGGUAUAAAUAGAGGGAAGGCGUCGCUGCUGAAGUUACCCCAGGUGAAGUUGAGUGUGAGGUGUGUGCUGUCUGUGUGUGAAGCAUGGCUAAGGUGUGCGGUGGACCGGGUCAGUUGUGCGGUGGGACGGGUCACGUGAAGCGGGCGAACGCCGAGGUGCAGAAGAUCUGUGAUGAGGUGAAGCCGCAGGUUGAAGAGAAAGCUGGGAAAAACGUCCAGAUGUUUAAAGCCAUAGCGUUCAGCACUCAGAGUGUAGCAGGAACCAACUACUUCAUUAAGGUGCAGGUGGCUGAGGAGGAAUACAUGCACCUCCGAGUGUUCAGGUCUCUCCCCUGUGACGGAUACAAACCCACACUGCAAGAAAUCCAAACCCCGAAAACUAGCAAGGACCCUAUCGAACACUUCUGAGCCUCAUACACACACACACACACACACACACACACACACACAGAAAGAGAAUUACAGCUGAGUUCAAAAACAAAAUGAAAUGUCUACAUUCGAAUUUUAAGGGUGUACUUAUUUGUUCCUACCUGUGGUCUAAAUCUUGGUUCUGUUUUGAGGAUGAAUAAAGAGCCCAUCUUAAGGCCUCAGGGAGUUUUAUCCUCAGCACCGCCACCCUCGGCUUACACACGCCCAUCAUUUUCUUUUUGAUUCUGUAAAGCAGCUUCGUGACGAUGAUGAUUGUUAAAAGUGAUGUAAUAAAAUUAAAUUGAAUUAAAGUGAAAAUCUAAAUAAAAAAAGAAUAAAUACAAAAAUAAAUAAAAACUGAGAAUUGAAUUACA